UUCAAAUAUGUUUGCUAUGAAUUAUACAGAGUCAUUCUUUCUCUUUCUUGUACUCUGGAGUGAAUUAUCUGCCUCAGAGUUCAUGAAGAAUAGAACUGAAGUAAUUCCUAUAAGCCGAUGUCCAGAGUUUGGCGAUCCUGGAAAGGGAGUAAUAACCGAAGUACUUGUUGUUGGAGACAAGGAGGUCCUGCAUGUGGAAUGUGAACCCGGCCAUGACCUGAUGGGACCACCAAAGAUUUUAUGUGUUGAUGGUCACUGGGAACAUGUGCAGAAACCACAAUGCUCAAAAAGCUGCCCUUCACCUCCAUUCUUGCGUAAUGCAGAAGUUCGCUUUGAAGGAAUGCAGGACAGUGAAAAAACCUACCGUCAAGGCUCACGUGCCACUUACAAUUGUGGUGAAGGAUUUCACUUGUCCCCACCUUCAAGUAAGAUUCGUAUCUGCAAGGAUGGGUACUGGACAGGUCCACAAGGUCGAUGUAUCGCAAAUGGUUGUCAGAUGCCACCUGAAAUAGCAUAUGGCUACUAUGUUUUGGAAUCUGCUCGAGAAGAUGAUUCUAUGGCCCAUGUAAGUGUGGGUCAGCGGGCUCAUUACAACUGUAACCUUGGUUAUAUCCUGACUGGACCAGCCAGUCUUCAGUGCUUGGAUUCUGGUGACUGGUCCCCUCGCUUACCCCCUCAUUGCACUCCAGCUAACUCAGAGAUGGAGGAAGAGGAGGAGGAGGAGGAGGCAGAAGAGACUGACUGCCCACGAUUGCCGGCGGCGCCGCACACACGUGCUGUGACACUGAGGGGCCGACAGAACGCGAACAGCGCCGCGCCCGGCACUGAGUUGGAGCUGCGAUGUGAACCCGGGUACCGCGAUGCCCGCCUUCCCUGCCAGCCCGCCCUGCUCCGCUGCGAAAAGGCGACAUGGCAGAUAGUACAGGGCGCCCUCCUAGAGUGCAUUCCCGUGGAAGGGUGUGUGUCUCCUCCGAGCAUCGAGCACGGGUCCUUGUUCGGUCCUGCAACUGAUGGACGAUACCAUGUACAUGGUGAAGUUGCGUAUGCAUGCCAGCCCGGCUUCACAUUGUACGGAUAUUCUGUGCUAACCUGCGCCCCCAGUGGUUGCUGGGAGCCUACUGAUCUGCCGGAGUGUCGCCGUGAUCUGUCAUUAUCACCAGAAGACUACAAGUUAUACUGGCCGUCUCACAGCAGCGAGGGCAGGGAUCAGUCAGUGGGCUUGGAGGAUACCGUCACGCUUCUCGUGUCGCUGGUCACUGGCCUGGGCGUGAUGCUCAUUUUACUGGGCGUCUGCCUUGUCGUCGUUUGUCGCCGCCACCGGCAUAGGGGAGCGCCUCAUUCACCACCGAGAAACUCCUCCCCGCCACUUAUUUAUGAUCCAGAUCGAGUUGCCCUCAUUGCCGAUGGUGCCCAGCUGGGAGAGUCAUCCCUCCCAAGCUAUGAGGAAGCUGUAAGGGAGCGGUGUAAUGCUGGAGGCAUGGGUCUGUUAUCUGGGGGCUUGGUGCCCCAUCGUUCUCACAGGGGACCACACUGGACUGCAUUGGGCACUGGGGGUCGUCGAACUCGAGCAGACUCUGCACAUGUCACUCGUCAGUCCUCCAGCAGUACGUCACACACUGCAUCUUUGAGGAGCGGGUCAGCGGGGGGCGACUCCAUGGGGUCGACGGAUACGAUGACCCCAAGCGAGGUAUCGACGAACGUGACGCUGGACACAGUGUCGUCACACACGUGUAGCAGUGGGUCGCAGAACGCCUCCUGCCGCGCUAUUUGCGGCAGCCUUGCCUCCUUCGACACCAGCUCCGUGCUCAACACCGAGGGUGUCCCACUGCUGGAAGAGAGUGAGCAUGAGGAUGGGGUUCAGGGCCCUGACUCCACAAAGCUGGUCAUGGUGGAUCAGUCCCUGAUGGACAAUGCUUCCUCCAAAUGCCGUCACAAUUCAUCAGAUCUUGUCUGAUGAAUUUCACAGUAGCUAUGUCUGUAUCCUUGAUGCAAAUUAGGCAUCCAGUCUUCGUUGUCAUCGUCUGAACCUCUAGUUGGCUUUAUAGAGGGUGCAAUAGUGUGACAGUACUUCAGCCUCACUUGUCUGAGUUGUAUCACAUUCCAAAUACAUUGUAAAAUCUUACAAGUACAUGUUUGUUAUGCUGAAGGUUUGCCAGUAUGAUAGUUUGCUCUAAACAUACGAGGAAGUGACAUUAAUCCUAAAGGUCAUUGCACAAAUGGAGUAUUAUAACACGGGUAAUGGAAGUAAUGUAUAAAAUAUAUAAAUUGGCAGUUUUCAUAUACAUAAAUAUUUUAUAAAAUAAGAAUUACACUCGUCUUUAAUUUAAAGUGUUUACUUGUAACUCUCUAUAAUCGAAACUGUCUUUUGUAGACUUGGUACAUAGACAUGAAGUGAAGUAGGUAGUGAAAAUGAAAAUAUUUUUAAGUAUUUUAUAUAAUCUUCCAGGACCGUACAUACUUAGCCAUUAUGAGGUACACAAGUGUCUCCAAACAGGUUUACUUUAUGCGGGCUGCUGAAUCAAAUGAUACGUGAUACAUAAAUAUAUGUGGUUACAUACACAUUUUCAGUGAUGCCAAACUCCGUUGUUGACUCUGUAUGUAAGUAACACAAAUUCUAUGUGCACUAAUCAUUGAGACAUUCCUAGCUGAAAUUCUUUUUACGCUUAAGGACCUUUGGCUCAUGUAAAAACGCUAGUUUUUUCUUGUUAAGUUCUACUCAUCGUCACUGCCAGCAUUUGUUACUUCGAACCAGAGCAAAAGAGAAAGAAACUGUUACUGAGCUUCUUCCACCUUCAUGGAACCUACACAUAUAGAAGAACUGAGAGGAUGCUGUAAGAAAAACGCUGACAUAAACAAUAUUCUCAGACAUGUGUUCUGAACGCGGCGUUAGCAACGCCUCGUUUGUGACACUGUUGUAACCCCGGCCCCUACUCUUUGUCUUUCUUCUGUUGAAACACGUUUUCCUUUAAAAAGUCUUUCCAUUAAUGGUUUUGCUAAUUGAGCUAUUUCAUUCUUGUUUGCCAAAGCAAAAUAGAAAAAAGUCUACCUUUUCCACCCCAUAUAAACAAGUGGCAUCACUUAAGUGUUUAAUGAGGGAUAUUAGAACUUCAUUAUUAUAACAUAUUUUGACCAGUCCAUUUCUAAUUUAUUUUUAAGGGCUCAAUACAGAAUUCUGUAUUUCAAAUUACCAAAAAGAAACUUAAGAACUCUUUGUUUGUUAGAAGAUUUGCAUCCUGAUUACUUAAUGCUUCAGCUGGCAAUCGAACAGGUUUUAAGUGGUUUAACAUAUCUCUCACAAUUUCAUAAUACUCCUCUUUCCAUUAGUGACCGAUCUUCAGCUAUCAUAGUUCAGUUUUAUCGCAUUUAGGAUCUUUAUAAAACCUUAUGAUCAUUCUUUCUAAUUUGUUCCAGUGUGUUCUGCAGUCCAAAAUGUCAUAGUUCAAUUUUUUGCUCUUGAUUAUUUCCUAUUGCAAAAGAAAAUUACUUACUGGAGAAUAUUUAGAUGGUUUUACAGUUUUUCUUGUACAAAAAAUUGCCGGAGAAACAUCAUCUUGCAGUUGAUACUGAUCGGUUCUGGCCACAUUAUCUGAAUCAGAGUCACUGUUUUCAUCUUUCUCAUAUUCAGAAUCAGCAUCGUAUUGGUUUCCACUGAUGCUUCUUUUUGGUGCUUCAUCUUCUCAGUUUAUUUACGUAAAACACUUUAGUUACAGCAAGGUGAAGUGCGUUAUUGUAAUAUAACUGGUGAAUAGUUGGUGAUAACUUUCCAAAUUUUUCCAUAACUGCUGCACCAUUUCUUGUACCCAUAUCUGUUUCAAGUUUUAAUUCAGAGGUUUCUAAUCUUUCCCCAAAGAAAGGUAACACUUUUUUGCAGGACAGGACAGGACAGGCCAUUAAUUCUUAUUAAACCAAGAUUCAGCAAAGUCUCAUUGUAGUAUACAGGAAUGUUCAUGUAUCUUUGAUUCCUACAGCUGGUCCACUUGUCUGUGCAAAUGCUCCAGUGAAUUUUCAAUGAUCAUUUCACUAAUAUUUUAUUUUGGAAGCUUUGUAAUUGUUGAAGGUAAUAUGUGUGUGGAUGCAUAUCAGCUUUAGUCAUGUUAUUGUAGUUCAUUUUCUUGACACUGAACUUCCUUUUAACAAUGCUUUAUUUGUAUAUUGACCUUAAGGAUUAUAACUUCCAAUUGCAACAAAAUGGAAAACAAAGGACUAGCUUUUGUUACAACAACUUCUAUUGAAGAAUGAGUAAUUCUAAUAUGUACUGGUUGACAUUACUGCUUUGUAUGUUACACCUGACAAUAGCUGUUAUUUCACUCACUAGUAAUUGUAUUAAUAUGCGUAUUACAUGGCUGCAUUCACUUCAUGCGUACCUCUGAAGAAUUAUGUUGAUGAAACAGAUCUUGAGUAUAGUAGGCAUUCUGUAAGUGGUGUAUCCUCUUUAGAUGAGACAGUUUGUGGAAUUCCCACUUCUGGUAAAGACUAAGCAGAGUUAGCAGUUAUAAUUCAAGUUGUGACAUUGCUGCAUUUCAAAGAAACAUAUAUAAAUACUGCACCUCUCUGAUGAAUGCACAUGCAUCAAAAUAAUACGACAUCCAGAAUUUUGAGAUUUCAGGUUUUCAAGGCAGUGAACAUUAAAAUUGUGGUUCAAGGUUAUGACAAACUUGUUGUUUUAUAUGAAAGUUUGUACUACAAAACUGUACAGUGUCAUAACCCAAUUGUGGUUCAAUAAAGUGGAGUGUAAUUAUUAGUUUCUAGUAAUGUAGCACAGUAUUUCCUUCACAGACAAUAAGAAGGUAGCCAGUCAGAAUGAGGAGCAUUAUGUAAGCAUUUGCUUCUCUAAAUUGUUUAGCCUUUUUAACACUUGCUUAGAUGUUUGGUGUUAAACAGUAAAAAUGAAUCUUGGCUUAAAUAACAAAUAUUUCUGCUAAUGAAGUAUAACUUUCAGAAUGUUGUGAUGUAGUAAAAAUUAUUUCCAUUUUAUAAUUUGGUAACUAUUUGGCCCUAACUUGGUGUAGCCAUAUGUUGUGAUGGACUUUUGCAGGCUGCAAGUCUUGUGUAUAAAUUUGUGGGAAAUGUAUCCUGUGUAUUGUAUUUGAUUAUUGAGCAUUUUUAUCCAUUUCCUAUUAAAUGUAGCUGUUUCUUAGGGGUACUGUUUUUCAAAUGACCAACUAUAGCCUGCCCCCAUCUUAUUUUCUCGCUCUGAGUCACGUUGUAGUAAACUAGUGUUAUAUUAUGAUAUAUAUAUAUAUAUAUAUAUAUAUAUAUUAUGAAUAUUAAUUCCUUUCAUGCAUCAUUACUGUCACCAUAGUCAUCAUUUUAAUCAUUUUUCAUUCAUUCAGUCAUUCAUUAAGCUAUUCAUUUAUUGUUAUUUGUCAUAUGCUUUUGAUUUAAACUGUUUGCCAUCAUUUCUUUCAUGCUCUUACUCAUAAUGCUUUUUCCAUUGCAUGGGCAAUUUGUCUCACAGAAACUGUUGGAAUCUCGGGUCUUGGUUAUAUUCACAAAUUACUCAUCUCAUGAAGUUUUCUUCAGAAAUAGUUUUCAGAUACUAAUAAAUUUAAGAUACAGAUUCUAAUCAAUAGGCUUCAAUAGUAUUCUCUGUCACACCUCUUUCUGUUGUCUGUAUUAUAGCAAGGUUGAAAAUUUGUUGGAAAUCCUUGAAUUAGAUACAGUUGAGAAUAUUUAUGGUGGAUUUAGAGAUCUGUUAAAGUGAGUGUAUAAAGUUACUAUAUGUUACCAGUAAGCUUGUGUGAAUGGUUUUGUAGGUAAGUGACAGAGAACUUUAUUUUUGUACAUAUUCAGCUAAAAUGAAUUUCCAUGCCAUCUCGUUUUCAGAGUUGUGAAAGACUCUAAAUUAAAACUCAUUCUGUGGUAUAGACUGAAUAGUAAGAAUAAGUAUUAUGACUUCUCUCUUACAAAUUUGGUUUCAAAGCUUUGGUUUUCUUGAUUCCUGUAAUAUUAUAUUAUUAAUAUUGAUUUGUGCAAAAGCAAGUUGUCUAGACCAUGGUCAUGCACAAUCGGUCAGUUUAUAAGUAGUUUACUUAAACAAUUUGUUACUGAGAUAUGUGGCCCUGUAAGAAAUGUUCCCAUUGAAGUAACAUAUAGCCCAGAUAUUUUUCUAAAACCACAGUAUAUGUGUAGGUGUUUGGGUGUUUAGAAUCAAUUCCUAUUCUGUUAUUUCUAUACAGGUAUAUAUAAGAUACUCAUGCUAGUGCAUAUUAAGACUGUAGUCUUCUGACAUGACAUUGUGAGGAUGGAGGAAACGGGUUCCUCCAAAACGUUGGUAACCACCUACCAAACUACAUCACAUCUCAGAAACCCACAAUCUACAUAGAUAGGUAGUAAAACAGAAUGUAGCUGCAUCCCAUAGAACCUAGUAAGAAGGAUGUGGCACACAUCACAGGUAUCCAAAUGUUCAAAUGUUCAAAUUUGCAUAUUGUUUUUUAUAAAUGAUUUAUCUUCAUUGUUAAUUUAUUAUCCCAUUUUCUUUGCUUCUUUGCUAAUUGAAAUGUAUGAACUGAAACACAUAGUGAGGUCAAUAUAGGGAAACAUUUGUCUGAUGCAUUUCUUAUCUGGAAUGGUCUCAAGCAAGGAUAUGCUUUAUUGACAGCGAUUUUCAGCUUUGCUUCAGAACAUGCCACUAGGAAGUUCCAAGAAUAGUGGGAGGGAUAGGAAGUGAAUGGGACACAUCAGCUAUUGAUCUGCCUUGUUAAGGCUAAUUUACUGGGUAAAACCAUGAACAGCAAAUAGGAAGAUAGACGGUGUACUAGGUGCUUGUAAGAAGAAUGGUGUACAGAUGCAUAUAAAGAAAACUGGGUCUAUGUUCCAUGACUCAUCAGCAGAAUGCAGGAAAAAAUAAAAGCUAAUAAAUGCUUUAAAACUGCAGCACAUUUAAAGUAUUUGGGAACAGCAGCCAGUUGCAGUACAAUAGCAAGAAUUAAAACAACAAGGGAAUCUUAGAAUAUU